AAAUUCAGAAAAUGGUGGAUGGGGCUCGGCGCAUGCGUAAACAUUUUACUAUACUCAGACAGAAAGUGAGACAGUAACGAGUGGCGCAUUGUUAAAUGAGACCGCCUGUAACUCUUGGAUUUCGCUGUGUGAUUUGACUUCAACUGCUUCAAAUCGAGAUGUUUGGCUUUCAUAAGCCGAAGAUGUACCGCAGCCUUGAUGGAUGCUGCAUCUGCAGGGCAAAAUCCUCCAGCUCUCGUUUCACUGACAGCAAACGCUAUGAGAGAGACUUUCAGAGCUGCUUUGGUUUAGGUGAGACUCGCUCUGGUGAAAUCUGCAAUGCUUGCGUUCUGCUGGUGAAACGCUGGAAGAAGCUUCCUGUCGGUUCCAAGAAGAACUGGAAUCAUGUGGUUGAUGCCCGAGGGGGACCCAGUCUGAAAACUACAGUGAAGUCCAAGAAAGUCAAAUCUCUGUCCAGACGGAUCAGACCGAACCAGCUCAGCAGAGUUCAGAAAGAACUGAAGAGACACAAUUCAGAUGCUCACAGCACCACCUCCAGUGCUAGCCCCGCCCAGUCACCCAGCUACAGUAACCAAUCAGAUGAAGGCUCUGACUCUGAGUUGACUCCUGGCUCCGCCCGCUCUCCAGUCUUUUCCUUCUUGGACCUGACAUACUGGAAAAGGCAGCGGGUAUGUUGUGGCAUCAUCUACAAAGGUCGCUUUGGGGAGGUUUUGAUCGACCCUCAUCUCUACAAGCCCUGCUGUCAGAAAAAACAGGAGCAAGAGCAGGAGGAAGAAGAAGAAGAGGAGGAGGAGGAAGAAGAGGAAGAUGGUGACCUUGAGAAAGAGGAGGUGCAGAGCAGUCAAGAAAUUCUUCAGCCGCACUCCUCUCCCCAAAUGAAAAUGGAGCAGGAAGUGGAAGAGGAUUGGUGAUGCCACAUUCCCAGGGUACUGACUUGGCAUUCUUAGGAAGCCUUCGAGAGUCGAAGCCCCUCAGACACUCUCAAAGACGUUCUCUCAGAUUGCCUUCGAUUCAAGAGCAGCUGGAUCCUUGUUCAUCUUUUUCUGUUUCUUUCUUCCUUGUUCAGAAUGUGUCUCUUUCAUUUCCUUCGCAGUCAAAUCGACUUUUAUGUAUCAAACUGUUCCAGAGCCGCGUACCACGCUAGUCCAUUUCUUAUGAGGAUUUUUUGUAGACCAGAGAAAAUGAGUUUCCUUUUUUGCUAUCCCGCUCAAACACAGAAUGCUGGAUCUACAUACAUCAUCCUUGGACAGUGACCACAAUCCUUUUGUGCCCUUUGAGCACCAUUGUGCACUUCCUCUGGGGUGACUGUCUUUCUGCACUUAGUGUACAGUAUUUAGUAUACAACAAGCAGCAUCUGCUAAAUUCUAGCUCAGUGAAGAUAACGUUCCACCUUUUUGCUGGGAUAUAGCAAUUAUUUAGGGAAUAUCUUUUGCCUUUUAUAUAUUUAUUUUUUUCUGUGUUUGUCGUUAUUUUUAAGUUCUGCUCUGAUUUUUUCCUCUCAGUUUGUAUUUAAAGGGACAGGUUACCUAAUUAUUAUUAUUUUUGAAUGUCAUUAUUCUGUCAUUCAACCCUCAUAUAUUUCCGAACUUCUUUCAAUUCCUUUCUUUUUUUUGAAGAACACCUAGCAGCUAGCCAAGCUCCAAAAUGACAAAAGCACCCUAAAAGUAUCUAAAAAUUGAGCUUUGUGCUAUGUUCCAAGUCUUUUAUAGCUAAAUGAUAGCGAUAAAUGUAAGUUUAUGUCAUAUGGACUACUUUUAAGAAAUUUUUAUGGAGCUUUUUGGAACUUGGCUGCAUCAGUUCCCUUUCAUUUUACUACACAGAAAAGAUGCAGGAUGUUCUUGACAAAUUUGCUUUUUUGUGUUUAAUGUAAGAAAAGUAAAAGAUGAUGAUGUGGAGGAGAGUAAAUGACAGAUUUUUCAUUUUAAGGUGAAUUGAUUUCAGUGCAGGUUGUCUGUAUUCAGCCUCUAAUAGGCAACAAACUCAACUCGACUCAUAGUGUUUUACCGCAAACGUUUCCCCAGACAGCAUUUCAAAAAUAAUGCCUGGCUAUCAACACUCUUUAAUUCAGUGUACUAAUGUAAAUAUCCAAAAGUGUAGAUUUGAUUAAAGGGUUUUGGAAAAGAGCAUGAACGCUAAGGAAACUAUUGUCUAGAUGAAAUCUGCAUGAAUUUUGCAUGGCCUUUUAAGAAGAUUUUUAUUUCUUUUUAUUUUGUUUUGCAACCAUGUUGCAGCAUAAUUUAAGAAUAAUUUGGGCGCAUUUUGAGACAGUCCCAAUAUAUUUUUGUAGAUAAAUGCAAGAAAAGAACAAAAAUGAAAUCAGACUUUGACUACAACAUGACACCUUAAGAUGUCAUUGUUUAAUUAUUACAGGGAUUUAAUCGUAUUCUGCUAUUUUUUAGAAUUGGAUAUUUAAAAUUUUCUCAUUCAAAGCCAAAAAGCCCUAGAAUUUUGCUAUUUAUUCAGCAAUCUUAUAUUCAUGUGUUCAUAGAUUGACAGAUACUACUUUUUUUACUGUCAUGAAAGAAUUGAGCACAUGGUCUGAUCGUUUUGGUUGUUUUUGGUUUGAUAUGUUUGUUUUCUUUUGGCUUUUUCUCCAGGGAAAGGCUAUACCAAUGUCAGCUUGUACAUUUUCAUUAUAAAUGAUCGUCUGUAAUAAGCUUUCAUAUAUCAGGAGUAUUCAUACUAUAUAUCCCGAUGUUUCCCUUUUGUUCCAAUAGGUCUGUCCUGUCUGUUUCUUUAUAAUUGUAUUGUUUAUGAUAGCCUUGGUUGUCUUGGAUUGUACAAAUUACGUUGACGCACACAUACUUCUGUUUAAUUCCAGGGGGUGGAGCUCAUUUGUUUCACACAAAACACUCCAUUGCACAUUAAUUUUAAUUCGCUUUCCGGGCAAUUUACUCAAUAUGUGCUCGGUUUUGAAAUGGGUAUUCUGAUGGUGGCAGCUUGCAGCUUUAGUGUGAAUAUGCCAUAUCACAGCAUGACAUGAACAAUGACUGUAUUUGUGGUAACAUCUGUUCAGGGGAAGCAUCCUGUCGUGUCAUCUCUAUGACGGGUUAUUUGUAAAUAUAAGAUGUGUAAGACUGAACAAUGGUUAUUAUGAAUACUCUUUUGUCUUAUUUAUUUCAUAUUUAUUUGUCUUGUGGUCUUUUUAAGUCGCAUCCGAUUUUGUCAUAGGACUGACCUGUCCUCACAACACUGCAAUAUGGACUGAAAUUGCUUUUACACAUCACAGAUAUGGAGAACUUCAGGACUAGACAGCUGUAAAAACAGACUUUUUCUGUGUAUGCUCAGUACAACUAUUUGAUUAUUUUUAUACUUUUGUUUGAGGGUUUCUAAUGCCCACAUAAUUUCCCUUAGACUAGCCCUUUAGUUGUAGUGCUACAGGCAUGUAUGGUAGCUAUGCACUUUGUAUUCACAAUACUAGAGAUAUAUGAAGCAGGUUUUGUAUUUUUUUACAUAUUGUACUUUUUACUUGUUCCUCAAUAAAUGUAACUUGUGAUGGUUA